AACCCGGCGUGAGCCUGCAGGGGCUUUGCAGGUCGGAGCGGCCGUGUGCUGUGGAGCUUUGUGAUGCCCAGGUUGGCGGAGCUAUUCUUUCCUCUCUGUGACUGACCUUCGCGCAGUCCUGAGCAGAAGAUUAGCUAUGGAAAAAACUUCAUUACCCUGAAGAUCAUUGCUUGACUUUUCAAGACUGGUAAUUGGUCAGGAUGGCUAUCGGGUUGGCUUCCCACCUGGUGCCCUACAUCUCCACUGCUCCUUAAAGAAGCUGAAGAGAAAAUGCUAAAAUGUGUCCCCUGCACUUACCAAAAAGAACGUGUUCUUGUAUCUAAUGGAAAUAAAAUAUGGACCCUGAAGUUCUCUCAGGAUAUUUCAAAUAAGACUCCGCUUAUCCUCCUCCAUGGCUUUGGAGGUGGCCUUGGACUGUGGGCACUGAAUUUUGGAGCUCUUUCUGCUGACAGGCCCGUCUAUGCUUUUGACUUGUUGGGCUUUGGACGGAGCAGUAGACCCAGGUUUGACAGUGACGCGGAGGAAGCGGAGAAUCAGUUUGUGGAGUCCGUCGAAGAGUGGAGGUGUGCGCUGGGGCUGGAGAGGAUGAUCUUGCUCGGACACAACCUGGGGGGCUUCUUGGCCGCUGCUUAUGCGCUGAAGUACCCGUUGAGGGUCAGUCAUCUCAUUCUGGUGGAACCCUGGGGUUUUCCCGAGCGCCCGGACCUCGCUGACCAGGACAGACCCAUUCCGGUUUGGAUCCGAGCCUUGGGAGCAGCGCUGACCCCCUUUAACCCCCUAGCUGGCCUCAGGAUCGCAGGACCCUUUGGUCUGAGCCUAGUGCAGCGGCUGAGGCCUGAUUUCAAGCGGAAGUACUCCUCGAUGUUUGAGGACGACACCGUGGCGGAGUACAUCUACCACUGCAACGUGCAGACCCCCAGUGGCGAGACCGCCUUCAAGAACAUGACCAUCCCUUACGGCUGGGCGAAGAGGCCGAUGCUCCUGCGCAUCGGCAAGCUGCACCCCGACGUGCCCGUGACGGUGAUCUUCGGCGCCCGCUCCUGCAUAGACGGCAACUCCGGCAGCAGCAUCCAGUCUCUGCGGCCGCAGUCCUACGUGAAGACCAUAGCCAUCCUCGGCGCGGGGCACUACGUGUACGCGGAUCAGCCCGAGGAGUUCAACCAGAAGGUGAAGGAGAUCUGCAGCUCGGUGGACUGAGCCGAGCCUGCGCCUGGCGGGCGGGCCGCCUCAGCGAGAACCAGCGUGGAUGCGGGCCAGGCCGCACCACCGGCCAGCUCUGCCCACACUUUGCACGUAUGUCCUGUUAGGGAGUCGCUUGCAUACUCGAACCACUUCGUGCCUUCUAGAAGAAUGGAUUUUCUUUCUUCUGCACACAGCUGAAAUACACAAGUCUCCAAAUUUAGUAACUUUAAAUAAAAAGUUGUUUGCCCCUCUGAUACACUGAAAAAUUGUACUUUUUUAGCAGGAUUGUUUUUCCACUUUACCUGACUCUGCUAGCCAAGUACUUUUCAUAUUGCAGUGUAUCUUGCCAAUUUAAAGAAAUGAUUUCUGGGUCGAUUGUGUUACACCCUGCAAAGGUGCACUUUAUUUUCUUUGCAUGUAUUUACCAUGUCUUGUAACUGAUACAGUUAAUCCAGAGGAACUUUUCUGUGGAAAAUUGUCAGCCGUUGAAAACACGUCAUUGCUGAAAUGGAGUGACAAGCGAGGCCUUGAGUUAACAGGCAGAGUCAGCCCCGGCCUCACUAUUAGGGUUCCCUCCAUUUGGUGCCCGAGUUCAGCACUUUCAUUGUGAUCUGUCCUGACCUACAACCCUGCAGCAGCACAGCUCCUUGGAACCAUCUGUGUAUGAUGUAGGCCUGCAUUUCUAAGAAAAUACGACGACUGUAAUUCUCAGAAGCCUUCACCAUAGCGGCUCCUCUUUCUUCUCCCACUCAGCAGUUAUCUUUUCCAGAACCAGUGGCAGGUCUCCUCCCCGAUGGGGACGCGGCACAGUGACCUUUCAGAAACCAAGUCAUCUCAUGUUUUCUUGAAAUUUAACUCUUGUACAUGGGUGCUAAAACUGGAUUACAUUUUUGCCACUAAAAUAUGAAAUGAGCUAGCACUAGGUCUGUUACUUAUCGAGUACUGUGUGAAUUAAACCAUUAACAUACUUGAAGUUAUAUUCCAGAAAUUCUACAAUGUUGAUUGAACUAUUUGACAGUAACUACCAUCAAGCAUAGCACUUUUUUGCAGGUUUGGAAUGAGGAAAACUUUGAAAUUGUGAACACUCUCCCUGUGGUAAAGACUGCUGUGAAAACCCUCUACAGGAGAAAACAGAAUGGGACUGUCCCCAGCAAGGCGUCUGCCUUCUGUUUUGUUACCUCUGCUUCUCUGGGAGAAAGAUGGGUUCAGUAAAUAAAAAACAGUGAACUAGAACAAA